CAUUGGUAGGGCCGCAUAAAGAUUAUCUACACGCUUUCCGCGUAGUAGUACCCAUGGAAAGAAACGUGGCAUCCAUGAAUUAAUCAACCAAAACAAGCUAAUUACAUAUGAACUGCUCCUCCCUCUACAAUCUACAUCAACAAUGAUUUUACCUCGAAAAUCUCAAGUACAGAAGGUGAUCAAGUGGUGGCAGAAGUUCACUAUCUAUCUUCGAAAAAUUUGGAUCCGUGUAGCUGUGCGUUUCGGAGUUCCAAAAUCCGGGCUGGGAAGGCUACACCAUGAGAUUAUGAGAUGUGAAUACGAGGACGUACAUGUACUUUGGAAGUUGUUGAAGGAAAAUGAGAAAGGGCUCUCAGGAGAUCUUAGAAGCAAGAAAAAUAGAACUUGUUCGAAAUUGGUGCAUUGGGUUGGCCGUAGAUCACCAUUCAUGAGAUUUUGAUGUUUUUCUGCUCUCUGUCAAUGGAACAAACAAAGAUAGUGUUGGAUGAGUUGGUUUGAUUUUAGUGAUUUCUUUUUUAUCAUAAAUGAUAGAUAACUAUAUUGAGUCAACGAUGAAUAUAUCAGGAGAUUUAGAGCUGAUAUCUAUUCCACAUUAUUUUACAUUUUUGAAUCUUUGUGAACAAUUUGGUCAUUUACAAAUGAUUCUAUUUUUUUUUUUUUAAAAUCAAGUUAUUAAGUACUUUGGUGUUAGAACCUAUGGUUAUUAUUUAAGAAAAAACGAUAACUAUGAUCAACAUGUUUAUCUUUCAUAAAUCUUCAAAUAAUCAUAUUUGUCCAAA